AUGCGAAGAUUUGACCUCCAAUACCUACCGAUUACAGCUGCACUGUGCGCUGAGGCGAGGCUCCGAAAUCAGCUCGCCAUUUUAGUUCAAUCACAUGGGCGGUGGAAUAGUGGCGUCAAUGCAAGGUACAAGGAAAGAGACAGUGGCAGUGUUUUUUUUGUGACGAAGGUUUUAUUAUUUUUUUAUGUCUCUUUUGUAGCCAUUGAUCGCCUUGAAGUCGUUCUUUGUGAAACGAAGCUUAGCUUCAAGAACUGUUCUGGUCCCUGCAGUGAGCGUUUAAAGGAAAAAAUAUCUUGAAGGUCGCAUCAAAUAUGAAGUUCGCCCGCUUAGCAGUCCACCAGCACGAAUUGUGACGUACAAGAGGCGGCCAGCUACAACACACACAACGCUAUGGUAUGGGUGAAUUGAAUGACAAUGGUGCAUUGCCAGCAUUAGGGCCGGGACAUAUCCAGGGUUAGUUGGCUUAUUAAUUUUUAGCGUAAUUUUAAUUAAAUUCGAAAAUUUUAGAUUUUUCGUCCAUCCUUGUAUUGUAAGCACUGAAACACAUUUUCAACACUAGUCUGCAAUAUCAUAGCUCUCCCACGGCUCUGCAACAGCAGAAGGCAUCCUACGCGUCGAGGGAAUAGCAAACCGAGUACGGGUCUACGCCGGCGGAGCACAGAUUGUUGAACGGUGACUAAGCCACGUCGCCAAGACUUCAAGUUAACAUUGCCGAGCAGCCCAAAACGUUUGCGAGAGAGAAACGAAAAUGCGAGGACUCUCCGGCGUGGAACAGCCUCUGGUGAAGGCAGUGGUCGUCAUAAACCACGAGGGAAAGCGCAUCUGCUCAAGAUUUUGCGAUCGAAGCUUAUGGAGCGAUCAGGAAUCGCAGCGGGCAUUUGAGAUGAGUCUCUUGCGAAAGGUCCAGGCCAUGGGUGACGUAUCCGAAAACGUUGAUGUGAUGGAAUUCAGCGAUUACGUCAUUGCCUACAAGCAGGCCGACGAUAUGUACAUGUUUGUUGUCGGAGGCGGGCAGGAGAACGAACUCAUCAUGGCGGAGGUACUGCAGGCACUCGACGAGACCCUUCAUAUUACGAUGCGCGGACAGGUGUUCGAAGAGGCGGUGCUGGAGAACCUUGAAAGCAUGUUACUGGUUGUGGAUGAGCUUGUUGACCAAGAAGGAGUCAUAAUGGAGAGCGAACCACAGGAAUUGGCUAUGAGGGUUGGUCAACACGGUGGUGGCUUCAUGGACCAAGUCCCACUUGGGGAGCAAACACUCGGGCAAGCGCUCCAGACAGCGCGGGAUCAGAUAACACGGUCGAUUCUUAGCUAGAGGACGAUGGGGUGGUGUGCUUCAUGGUUAUGAGGGGCAGUAACUUUGUAUAAAGAAGCGCUACAUUAUUGUUCUA